AUGGGAACCGUCCUCUCUAUAUCACCGGCGUCAAAGAAGGCGUCUAUAAUGGAUUCCAAUGCAGCAGGAGAUGGAUCCAAAACGGACAAGACCCUCAAACGGCCCUCCAUGUUCGUCUCUCUGUCCUGGAAGAAGCUGGUAUCCACUUCGGCCAAGAAGAGCACUAAGAAAGUGAACCCGAACCUGCCGCCCAUCCGUGAGCCCCCGUCCAGUCAGGUGGCUCAGCUCAACAGCGAAAACACCAGGAAAACCGAAGAAAGAAAACCCAAAGCACCGAUUCCCGUCCCGGUGCCCACAGUGCCCACGGUGCCCAAGGUACCCACGGUAUCCUUGCAAAACAACGAGACUACCACCCAAAACGGAAGGCUCUCCACGGUCCAGAAACAACCCAGCCGCCUGUCUCUGGUGUCACCCAGGCGGAUAGUCAUACAGGCUUCCACCGGGGAGCUACUGCGGUGUUUGGGGGACUUUAUAUGCCGCAGGUGUGAUAAAGUGAAAGAGUUAAACAGCGGAGAGGUGAUCCUCUGGUUUCGAAACAUUGACCGGACUCUUUUGCUCCAGGGCUGGCAGGAUCAGGGUUUCAUCACGCCGGCUAACGUGGUGUUCGUGUACCUGCUUUGCGAUGACACAAUAACGGACAGCAUUGAUAACAGUACCGAGCUUCAGGGCACCUUUCAUACUUGCCUCUACCUCGCAUACUCCUACAUGGGCAACGAGAUCUCCUACCCACUCAAGCCAUUCAUGAUCGAGGCGAACAAGGACGUUUUCUGGGAGACGUCGCUCCAGAUCAUCAACAGGAUGAGUGCCAAAAUGCUGCAGUUGAACGCAGACCCGCAUUUUUUCACCGAGGUCUUCCAGGACCUCAAAAACCAACGGGAUACCAACGAGACAACCCUGGACCGCUGA